AUGGGAGCGGGCGGAGGGCCAGGGGGACCUGGCGCAGGUCCAGCGAACAGUUUAGCUUUUUCAACGCAGCUUUCCAAGGAAUGCCUGAAGCAGUAUUUAAAGAAAUUUGACAGCGACGAAGUGGAGGUUUUGAAGAAAGUCUACAAAGCGCUCUCGGCGAGAAGUCCGGGACCAGGAAUCGACAAGGAGACUUUUCUCCAGUAUUUCCCUCUCCCAGGGUUGUGGGGCGAAAGGCUCUUCCAAAAAUUCGACUUCAAAGGGUCUGGGAGUGUGGACUACGAGGAGUUCUUGAUCGGCAUCGCCGUGUGCUGUCGAGGCACUAAGAGCGACCGGAUGUAUGUGCUCUUCCAAGUCUUUGACCUGAAUUCGGACGGUUACAUCCAGAAGAGUGAACUGGUGGCGAUGCUCUCCAACCUUCCGAAUCUGGACCGGUACAUGAGCAUCCGGAAGGCCCAGCAGGCCCACAGCGAAGGCAGCAACAGCGGAGAAGGCGUCUCGGGCAGAGACAAAGAAGAGGAACAGAACCUGUUUUCCCCUCAGCUCUCAGGGGCGGCACAAAACGGCGGGUCUGGCGCGGCCGAGACGCUUCCGCGCGCAGGGUUGCCUGCCGCUGGCGUGGGUUCUUCUCUCGCGAAUGUGGACGACGAAGAAGACGAAGAAGAGACAGGGUCUUGUGGAUCGAACUCGAUGCUUCCCGCCUCGCAGCCGGGCGCGUAUCCAGAAGCUGCGCUCGUCUGCGUCUCCGACUUUGUCCCUUCGCAGCACUGCAUGGCCCCUGGGUCGGGCCUCUCUGUGGACUCCACGAGCACGAACGGCGAGAGACCGAGAGAGCGCUUGAAGCCGUACGAGCCUCACCCGCUCCUCGCGCGGCUCGAGCAGGAGGCUUCGAGCAGCGAGGACGGCGACGGCCGAAGUUUCGACGAAGAGAGCAGUGGAGCGUCUUCCUACAGUUCGCUCUCGGACGUUUUCCAGUGUUUCUCGCCUCUUGACCACGCGUCGAGGAACCCUUCGCCGCCUCGCCGUGUCUCCAGCAACGCGGCGAGCUGUGCCUCUGCCGCGCAGCCCGGAGGCCCGACCGCGGUCGCGCCGGGGUCUGGAGCCCCAGCCCGGGAGCCCGCGGCUCAGGGCAGCACAGUCGGCAGCCCCACCGAGGGGGAGGCGCACCUGCCGGGCGCCAGCAAUCUGCGCCCCGGCCUCUCGAGUCCCCCCUCGACAGACUCGCUCGUUUCUGCGUCUUCACCGGCCGAAGGCUCGCCCGUGGUGGUCCUCCCGCCGGUCGACCGCCCAGCGGCAGCGGGUCCUGUAUCGGAGUUUCCUCUGCUGCAGCAGGCGUCGCCCCACGUGCGGCCGACGGCUUGGGACGAAGACAGUUCCGCGGGCUCAGCGAGCGGCGAUGCUGGCGCCAAGCAGACGGGGACUGGAGACGCCGCAGACAAGAGCGCGGUGGCGACAGCCCAGUGUCCGCGGACUCCCGGCGGCGCAGCCGAAAAAACUCCCAAGGCAGGGUCCAUUUCUCAGGCCAAGGGCGGGAUAACCAAGACCGCAAGUCGCUUCACCAGCGCGAUAAAGAGAACCUUCUCGACGCAGUCGUCUGUCCCAGGCGGCGCGUCGGAGUCGCCUCCGGCUGGGGGGUCCAGUGGAGGCGUCGGGGCGGGCAGUCGGCCGAUCUCGGUUCUCCCUUCUCGACAGUCUUCUGAGGCGUCUGUGGUGUGCUCCCAAGGCGGGAUAAGUCCGCUGGGCAGCACGCACGCAGCGCUGCCCCAGCCGGGGGUGGCCGGGACUCCGGCCUCGGCGGCCUCGGUCCCCGCUCCCUCUCCGCCGCAAGUGCCCCCCGUGGUCGUUCGCGUGGCGUCUCCGAAGGCCGAGGACCAGGAGGAGGGGCGACGAACGGACAGGACAGAAGGAUGUGGCGGCGACGGCACGGGGGACGCGGCGCAGAAAGCCUUUACGGCAGGCGCAGUCAGACGGUCCGGUUCCCUCGAAGAGGCCGCAGGACAGGGCGCCGGCGGGAUGCUCGAAGUGCCGCCGGCCGCGCAGCUCGCGAAGGCUCCCACGAAGAGUGCGAUGCUCCUCCAGGCGGAAAAAGACAAGACUCGGCAAGAGCAGGCGAAAAAGAAUCCGUCGCCUGUGGCCCAGAGCCUCAUCAAAGAGGAGAAGGAGGAAAACGAGCAGAAAGACGUCUUGGACGUCGAAGGGAUCGUGGACAAAAUCAUUGAAGAGUGCGAGUUCUUCGAGCACGGGAAACUGAGCUUUCCAGAGUUCAAAACGUGGCUAGAGAGGAACGAGGGCAUUCUGUCCAUGUUCACGGAGUGCCUGCAUGAGGAGGUCUGGGGCCUGCAAGGCAACGCGCUGUACCGCAGCACAGGUGUCCCGAACCGCCCCAGCCGAUUGACCGCUGCAGGGCUCCAAGGCAUGUUCAAGGACUCUUUGGGGUCGGGCCGCGAAGGAGGCACAGGCAAGGGUUUCCGCCGCAGCAAGUUGUUGUCUUCGCGAACUUCUUCGUUUUCUUCUCGGGGCAUUGGCAAAGCUGGUUCUCCCUCCUCGUCCCGCGUUGGCGGCUUCGGCUAUUCGGCAAGUAGCGAUUUGAUUGUGAACAUGCAGCACUUUCAAAAGGUGAAGCAUCUCUUCACCAAUCCUGCCCACUCGUCUCCGCGGCGACCCGCUGUUGACCUCGACCCCGCGCCACCCGCGGCGCAAUCACGUCCCGCGUCUUCUCCGCAGGCUCAAGCGAAUGUGGCCGCCGGCAGUCCUGGAACGGCAACUGCGGCCGGAGCCUCGCUCGCUGCGGGCGGGCCGGCCGCUCGCGCCUCUGGGGGUUCUGGAGCCCAACCCACUGGGCCAGGCUCAGAAGGCACGCCGCCGUCGGGGGCCCCUUCAGGCGUCCCCCCGCCUGCGUCUACUCCGACGGCAGCCCCAGCUCUCGGAGUUGGAGGCGUGGCGCCCGCAGGCGCCACGCCUCGUGUCCCCUCACUGGAGCCGGCAGCCUCCCAGGGUUCCCGUCAGCACCCACCGAGUGUCGGCACGGGGACAUCUGCCAGUGUGACGAGUCUGGGUGCGGGCCCAGUGGCAGACAGCACUGUCUCCGUUCCGCCGUCUCCCUCGGUGACGGCUGUGGCGACUGCAGCCGCAGCCCAAGUGACGGCCCUACCGGCUUCAAGCGGGGGCGUGGAGCCCAACCAGCAGCAGGUCCAAGUCUCAGUCUCCGUUGUCAUUGCGGGUGGGGCUGGGUGUGAAGCGCAACCAGGGCAGACCUCAUUCGCGAUUGGGUCUUCAGCAGCCGCCCCUCCAGGCGUUCUGGGGGUCACUGAGGCUGCGGCGGUGGCGUCGGUCGCUGAGGCUCCGAGCGGAGUCCCGACCGCGGUCGGAGGCCCUAUCUCGGAAGCCCAAGGCGGGUCCGCAGCAGGGGCGACGGCGCCUUCCAUAACGCUUCAAAUCACGACGGCGCUCGAUCCAGCCACCGCCGGAGCGGCCGCAGGCGCGGUCGCGGCGGCCGCAACGGCCGCAGCUGCGGCGAUUGUGGAGGAGACACGGUCGGGAGGCGUGGCUGAUUUGCCCGUGACGCACAUGGCGACGGCGACGGCCGUUCAGGGGCCCCCAGACAGUGGGGCGUCCGCCGGUGGGGGUGCACUGGGUGACGAAAAGGCUGCAUUGUCGGUGAUAGGCGAGGAAGGCGAGCGGGAGGCGUCGGGGACGCGGGAAUCUCGCGUCGACGACGUCUACGAGAGAAUUGCGGGGUAUCGGCACUGGGAGCAGUCCCGCAUGUCGCCGCAGCUAGCAGUCGAUAUCGUCAGCAAGGAGUUGGUUGAUUUCAUUCGUUCGUCCCAUCAGUCCCUUCAUACCGUGGAGCUGCCUCGCGACUUGCGGGUUCCCUCGGGCCAGCCCGGCUCGUUGGGGGCCGGAAGUGCCCAGGCUCUGUCCUCGCCCUCCGAAGCUGCCUCGCGCGCGGGAGCCGCUGCAGGCGGCGCGCGGGAAGGCCUUCGGCAGUCGGAUUUGUCGGCGCUUCCACGCGCGCACGACGACUCGCUCGCGUGUUCCGGCCAGUCCCCCAAAGACCUAUACAGCUGUCCGAACUGCUGCAACCCGCUGCUCCUGUGUCCCUACUGCCACAGCCGGUAUCCGCAGCUCACGCUGUUUGAGGGUCGCGUGGUCAUGGAGUGUCGGCAGUGCGGCGGACUGGGCGGGUCCGGCGCGCUGGCGGAACCUCCCGCGGGAGCGCAGCCGGGGUGUGCGAAUCCCGGCGAGAGAAGUGGAGCCGCCGGGUCGCCAGCGGCCUCGAGCUGCAGCGGUCCAGGCGCGGCCGGGAGGCCCGCGCCAGGGCCUGAGGAAGACCGCGUCGAAGCCGGGAUUUGCGUGGGCGGAAGUCGCCGGGUUUUCACCCGCUGCUGGCACUGUGGCUGGGAACUCAGCAAGUGCGCGGAAAUGCUAAAAGGCAAUAGUGAGGCGGCGAUCGACGGCGUCCUCUACAAAAAGGGAAAACACCUUCAUCAGUGGCAGGCGAGGUACUACGUCCUCGUAGACAACAUGCUCUACUACUAUCGGCGAAAGGGCGACGCCAAGCCACGCGGCUUCAUGUUCCUCGAGGGCUGCUACGUGGAGCUUCUCUCCGACCAGUUGGGGGGUCGCCAGUACGGCUUCGCCAUUGUGCACCCCAAGGGCGAAACUGUGAGCAAGCGACUGCUCUUCGCCAACUCUGCAAAGGAACAGCGCGAAUGGGUUGACGCCCUCCGCGUGGCCACGAAGCAGCAAGCGCUCGAGCAGCUGUAUCAAGUGGGGGAGCAGCUGGGGCACGGGAAGUUCUCGAUUGUGUACAAAGGAAUCCACCGAGAGACGAACGAGCUGUACGCGAUCAAAGUGAUUGACAAGGGGAAAAUCAACGGCCACGAGCGAGAGUUGUUGCGAAGCGAGAUGGCGAUUCUCCGCCUUCUCAAUCACCCAAAUGUCAUCUACAUGAAGGAAUUGCUAGACACGAAAGAGACGCUGUACAUCGUCAUGGAGCUUGUAAGAGGCGGCGAACUCUUCGACCUCAUCCAACAGAAUCACCGACUUCCCGAACUCCACGUCAACCGAAUCAUCAGCCAGCUCCUUAGCACGGUGUACUACCUGCACAAGUGCGGCAUCGUGCACCGGGAUUUGAAGCCGGAAAACAUUCUCCUGACGGACCGGACGCCGAAUGCAACCAUCAAGCUCACCGACUUUGGUCUCUCGACUCUUUGUGCUCCGAAUGAGGUCCUUCAUCAGCCGUGCGGCACUCUCGCAUAUGUAGCACCUGAGGUGCUGACCAUGGAAGGCUACAACCACCAAGUUGACGUCUGGUCCAUAGGCGUGAUCAUGUAUCUUCUUCUCCGAGGCCGUCUCCCUUUCCCAAUCAACCAGGCAUUUGGGCACCCGAGCUUCUACGAAAGCACCCCGGUCUCUUUCGACGGGCCGGUGUGGCGAGAAAUUAGCAGUAGCGCGAAGGACCUCAUCGUACGCAUGCUGCAGCCGAACCCCCGACGCCGAAUCACUGUCGCCGAGGCUCUCCAGCACAUCUGGAUCAAAAAUCCGGCUGCGGUGGUGAACAAUGGAUCCAAGAAUAUUGAAGUCUACAUCAGCCAGUUGGAUGAAGUUCGACACUCAGGGCGCUACGGCGAAGACAGAACGAUGGCGCGUUGCUCAGAAGUGCCGACGUUUACGAUCCCGAAAAGCGCUCCGAAGUCUCUCCACAAUCACGUGGCGUCUGUCUCUGCGGCUCCUCCCUCCGCGACGCUGCGACCGCCGGUUUCUCAACCCCCUUCGUCAGCGGUACCGGCGUCUCCCUCACAAUCUCUUGCGGGGACCCAGCCAGCUCGGGCGCUUCCCGCGUCUCCUCCCGCCUCUUCUCUUCCUACGCCUAUUGGACGCGUUGCGGAAUCCACCCCACUGUCGACUGUCUCCGCGGCGGCGCCUGGAGGGGCCCUCUGCGGAUCCGGCAGCGGAAGCGUCGCAGUUGCAGGAGCCCAAGCCGCGACCGCGGCUUCCGCCGCCCCAUCGGCAAGUUGGGAAGCAGGAGAUGCGGGGACGGCUGAAGCUGCGGCCACCGUGUCGCCUCCGUCUCCGGUUGGCCUUGCGGGGAAGUUUGCAGAGUCGGGGGGCUUUCCAAGCGGAGAGAACGUAAGCGACUCGGCGCCAGCGACCGGGAGGGGCGAGGUGGAUCCUCAGAUGAGAGGGCAACCAAGCCAAGGGCCAGUUCCUGGUGGCGUCGCGGCGGCUUCUGGGAGUCUCUCAACUCCCGCCCUACAAGAACAAGGAGGAAGCGAGGGACGAAGAGCGAUAAGCGGAACGCCCCCUGCCGUGUCGGGAGCAGGCAGUCCUGGAAUUUCGUCGGGGAGUUCACAAUCUCCUACAUCUGGAAGCAAGGCUGUCUCUCUGUCUUCUGUCGCCAGUCCUGCAAGUGUGCCGCCCGCCCCGGCUGUGGGGUGCCCCGGUUUAUCUCGGGGGUCGUCAGGAACCCAAGGCACAGGCCCAGGAGGCGCAGAGGCUGAAACGGAGAGGAAUGGAGAGGAUUCCACGCCAGCGGAAAUGACGUCCGGAUCGUCUCCUGGGAGCCCCGAAGCGUCGCCCCCUUCUCGGCCUGGGGGCCCAUCAGCUAGCGGGGAGGAAGAGAAAUGA